AGUUAACUUUUCUCUUAACCCGGCCGUAUGGGCAAGUUCUUUGAAUCAAGCCUAGUUUGAUGAACAGCUGAUCCAUAUGCACCGUGUUGAAAUGUUCGUUGCUGUGAGUACCGGUAUUGCUGGUUUAUCCAUAAUAUUAUGGAUUUACAUAAGAAAUAUCUUGAAACCAAGCUCGAAAUACGGAUUGAACGCUAACAACUUCGACAAGUACAUCGACGACUUGAAAUUAAGUCAAGAAGAAGAUGACAUUCAUGAUUGUGACACCAACAAUGGAAGACAGCAUCCACACUGCGCUGCAGGAAAACAGAUUCUUGUUUUCUAUGGUACAGAAUAUGGUUUCAGUGAAGAAGUUGCUAAUAUUCUCUUUAAAAGGCUUAUAAAUAUUGCUGCAUCUGCUGAUGACGUUGGUCUCUGUCAACUGCAGCCUAGGCUUUUAAAUGCCAAAGAUUGGAAGCAUCUCAGGCUAGAAGAUGAACAACUCAUCUUGGUCAUCAUCUCAACCAGUGGAGAUGGUGUUCCUCCCAGUUCUACGAUGGAUUGGUACAAUUCCUUCAUGUCUACCAAGUUUGAUCUGACUCACCUCCAGUACUCUGUCUUAGCCCUUGGGGACACCAAUUACCCUCACUUCUGCAGAGCUGGACGAACAGUCUAUGAAAGGUUUUGUGAGCUAGGAGCCUGUCCUUUCAUUCCAAUAGCCAAUGUUGACAUGGAGGACUGGACUGUUAUUAAUGAUUGGAUGGACAAUAUUCAGGAUUACCUUCUUAACAAUAGCAUCAAUCUGGUUGUCAAAGAGGAUUAUUUGUCUCCCCUUCUUAUGGAUGAAGAUGGUUUUCAUCGCCUCAAACCAUUCAUGGCAACUCUUCUUAUUAAGAAGGCACUUACUUAUUGUGAUGCCACCUCAGACAAGGAAACAAUUCACUGUGAAUUUUCAAUAGAGGGCAGUGAACUGGUAUAUGAGGCUGGUGAUGCUGUGGGUAUCUAUCCUACCAAUAGGAUUGAAGACGUGCAAUGGGUUUUACGGGCCAGUGGGUUGAAUGGAGAAGAUACAUGUUCUGUUCCGUCAUCAGCUUAUCAACCUAAAGAGAGCAAUGUGACCUUAAGAGAGAGUCUACAAAAUUAUUAUGAUCUUAAAAAUAUUAGAGUGUCAUUGCUACAAUGUCUGCUAAGACAUGCUGAUGGUACUGUGAAGGAAAACUUGGAAAUCCUCAUGAAGAAUGGGACCUCAAGGUCAAACCAAGCCCUCUCAGGUUACAUGGAAGUAGCUGAGGUUGGUGAUGUUCUUGAAGAUUACCCUGUGAAGCUUUGUCAAGAAGAGCUCCUGGCAAAUCUAAGGCCCCUUCAGCCUCGCUAUUACUCUAUCUCAUCCUCCCCUAUCUUGGAUUCAAACAGGAUUUGUGUAACAGCAGCUAUCAUCCGCUACUCCAACAGAGGGCGUCCUAGAGUUGGCGUGGCAACAACCUUCCUCCAGGAUAGGCUUGACCUCCAUGACCUUUGUCCUGUCUUCAUCAGUCCAAGUCCAGACUUCCGAUUACCCAAAGAUAGGACAAAAGACAUUAUCAUGAUAGGACCAGGAACGGGUAUAGCUCCAUUCAGGGCGUUUAUUCAAGAGAGAGUUCAUUUAGGUGCAAGCGGAAUGAAUCUGCUUUAUUUUGGUUGCAGACACAAUGCUAAAGAUUUUCUCUACAAAAAGGAACUAGAGAAAAUGGUGGUUGAUGGUCACCUAAAACUUCGUACUGCUUUCUCCCGGGAUCAAGAGAAAAAGGUUUAUGUUCAGCAUCUCAUUCAACAAGAUACCCUGAUGAUUUGGAAUAUGAUACAGGGAGGAGCACAUAUGUACGUUUGUGGUGACGCCACGCAUAUGGCUUCGGAUGUUCAUGAGGCCUUGCUAACAAUCAUCAAGGACAAAGGAUCCAUGUCAGAAGAUGAUGCAUUAAAAUAUCUUAGAACCAUGGAAGAGAAUCAUAGACCACAUAAUUUGUACAGAGAUGUACUAUUUCCAUGUUUGGGGCCUGUAUGUCAACCCAAGAUCAUAUGAUCACUACACAAUUCAUUUCUGCACCAUUCAUACAGUAUUCUUGCUACGAUUGUACAAUGCUAAUCAUGAUAGACCAAAUGGACCUUAGUCUCAACGACCAAGUAAACUCAAGUAAGUGAGUGAGUGAGUGGGUGGGUGUGUGGGUGACUGAGUGGGUGAGUAAUGUCUGAGGUUUGAUUUUUUUAUGAAGAUUAAGAUUGACCCAGAUUAAAAAAAAAUCUGACUAGUUAAUAUCUGUAAAAACAUAGCACUCCCAUGUUCUUGUAUGUCAUGUGACCUAGGUAUUAACUGAUGUGUGACAUUGCCUUAAAAUCUAUUAACUAAUGUUAAUAACAUUAAGAUCAUCAAGAUGACAUUUCUUUAGUGUCAUCAAAAAAAAUUGUCAUUCCAUUGAUGUAUUCCUGAAUAUUUUCUACAGAUUUAUUUUUUGUUUUUAUUUGAAUGAGUCAUUCAUUUGUAUUUUAAUGGUUGUAUAGAUAUCUUUAGAAAUCAUGUAUUUAAUGUAUUUAAUUUUUUUAUUUUGUAAUGUAACCAUUUGUUUUACAAAUUCAUUUUUAAUGUGAAUAAUAAAAAUGUUGAACCUGUAUCUCCAAGAUAAAUGUAUUUCGAAAGUGACUCAUU